AUGAACAAUUCACGAGGUCCAGAGGGUAGCCUCCAUCCAGAUAUGGAACAGUUUGCUGAUGAAAAUGCGCCUCUACUCCCCUCCCGUCCGACUCGUCGAACGGCUACCCGAUUAGAACACAUCGAAUGGUUCGCUGAGAUGUGGUUUCUGACCAAGGCUUCGAUUCCCGUUAUCCUAGCCUAUAUACUUCAAAAUAGUCUACAGACGGUCUCCGUCCUUGUCGUGGGAAGGCUUUCCUCGGAAGCUUUGGCGGUCGCCGCGUUCUCGUACAUGUUCGCUAUGGCGACCGCAUGGCUGAUUGCUCUGGGAGGUACAAGUGCCCUGGACACAUUGGCUUCGAGCAGCUUCACUGCGUCAAAAGACAAAGGAAAUCUAGGAGUACUCCUACAGCGAGGAAUCAUUGUGCUGACGGCCUUCUAUGCCGUCGUUAUAGUCAUCUGGGUUUUAUCUGAGCCUCUAUUCAGAGCGCUGGGCCAACCCGAAGCCAUUUGCAUCCACAGUUCCAGAUUUCUCCAACUACUCGCCCCUGGCGGUCUCGGCUACGUCUGGUUCGAAUGUAUGAAGAAGUUCCUGCAGGCCCAGGGCAUAUACCGACCGGGAACAUACGCCCUCAUGAUCACAUCACCACUCAAUGCUGGUCUCAACUAUCUCUUCGUUUACACUUUUGAUUUCGGCUUAUAUGGCGCUCCUGUGGCCACCGGCAUCUCCUACUGGCUUUCCUUCCUGCUUCUCGCUGCCUAUGCUGCCUUCAUUCAAGGAAAAGAAUGCUGGAGCGGACUACAGCUGAGACGAGCCCUUUCAAACCCCUGGAGUUUUGCUAAGCUCGCUUUUUUAGGGGUGAUUCAUGUCGGCACUGAAUGGUGGGCAUUUGAGAUUGUCGCUCUUGCUGCAGGCCGGCUUGGAACACUUCCUCUUGCGGCUCAGUCUGUUAUCAUGACCGCUGAUCAGAUUAUCAAUACUAUUCCUUUCGGUCUCGGUGUUGCAGAGUCGGCGCGGUUAGGCAACAUGCUCGGGGCAAAAAGCUCUAAGGGCGCUCGGCGCUCCGCCCAUUGUGCCGCUAUCCUCUCCAUCUUCUUUGGCUCGAUUAUCCUCACGAUUCUGUUGGCAACGAGAAACAACAUCGGAAGCCUCUUCAAUGGUGAUAAGCAAGUCAUCGCCCUUGUUGCCGAAGUCAUUCCCUACGUAGCCUUAUUCCAGAUUGCAGACGGACUGAACGGAAGCUGCGGCGGAGCGCUGAGGGGAAUGGGACGCCAGUGGGUUGGCGCACUCGUCAACUGUAUAAGCUACUAUGGAGGAGCUCUUCCCGCUGGCAUCUACCUCGCUUUUCAUGGGUGGGGCGUACUUGAAUGGGUUAUCGUCGGUCUGAGUGACUGGGAUAACGAGGUGCAAAAAGCCGCUAAUAGGCUGGACGAGGACAACGAAGAACAGAAUGCUGCCGUCUUCCAUUAG